AAAUAAAUCUACUCUUCACAUUCUUCUCUAACAACAACAAGCUUUACACACAAAUAUGGCAAACUCCAGAAACCACAAAUUUCAAUGUAACACCACCCUUCUACACUUCCUUUUCCUUCACCUAUUAUUUCCUCUAAUUGCUAGUUCAUACAACCCUGAUUACAGUUUAGCCAUCAGUUGUGGCUCCUCAACAAACACUACUGCCUUUGAUGGACGAAUUUGGGUUGUUGAUAACAUUGAUAACUCUAAUCUCUUUUCCUUCAUUGAACCAAAAAAUACAAACCCAUCUCUUAAAACAAAACCUAAUUCCCUCUCAAAUACCCAAAUUCCAUUCACAACCGGACGUGCCUCUCUCUCAAAUUUCACAUACUCAUUUUCUAACAUCAUCACUAACUCCACUAUUUUUCUUCGCCUUCAUUUUUACCCAACUUCAUAUCAAAAUUUUGAAACCUCUUAUGCACUUUUCUCUGUUGAAGUAAACAACAACAUUACCCUUCUUAAAAACUUCAACCCUUCACUUUGGCUUCAUCAUGAUGAGAAUCAUAUCGUCAAAGAAUAUUCCAUCCAAAUCAAACCAAACGAGAAGCUAAACAUAACUUUCAUUCCCAACAACACAAACCAAUUGAGUCCUAGUUAUGCUUUCAUUAACGGAAUCGAAGUUGUGUCUAUGCCUUCUUUUCUCUAUUACACAAACCUCAGUGACCAAGAUUAUCGUAUCAAGUUACCUGGUUCUGACAACACGGAAUACCAAGUUCUUAACAACAAAGCUUUAGAGACGGUUUAUAGAGUCAACGUUGGUCAAAAUCAAGUUCCAGCAAACCAAGAUACAGGCAUGUUUCGUAAUUGGGACAAUGAUUCUCCUCGUUACUUGGAGAAAGAGUACCCAUCUAGUGUAUCAAGUGACUUUACACAUAACCUAACAUAUAAAAACAAUGUCAUUCCAAAUUACAUUGCACCAGAAGGUGUUUACUUAACUGCAAGAAGUUAUGGAAUGUAUGAGACAGAGGAUUACAAUGUAACUUGGAACUUUGAAGUUGAUUCUGCUUUUACUUAUAUGGUAAGGUUACAUUUUUGUGAGUUUGAUUGGCAGAUCAAACAGGAUGGUGAUAGAAUUUUUCAGAUUUUCAUAGAUGAUAGUUUGGCUGAACCAAGUGCUGAUGUGAUAGGGUGGAGUGGUGCUCCUUUUGUUCCUGUUCAUAAGGAUUAUGCCGUGACUAUGGGUUCUCAUGGCGGAAGCUCUCAAAUUGAAAAAGUUAAUCUUUCGAUCAAGCUACAGCGAUUACCAAAACCUAUGCCUGCGGUAUAUCGUGAUGUCACGUUGAAUGGAAUUGAGAUUUUGAAAAUAAGUGAUAAAAAUAAUCUCUUUGGAGUGAAUCCAAAACCCAUGUCUUUUUCUCCCAAGGAACAGGUUUUACCAACUCAACAAUGGAAGAAAUCAACAACAAAAAUCCUUGCUGUGGUUGCUGUUUCAUGUCUCAUUCUAGCAUCUGUUGUUGGAAUAACAGUUUUUGCUAGACGGAAUAUAAUAUUUAAUUCUCAUACUGAAAUUGAAGAAACUUCAUGGAAGACAAAGAAACAAGGUUCCUCAAGUUUACCAUCCCAUUUGUGCCGCUAUUUUACAAUAGCGGAAAUAAAAGCAGCUACAAACAACUUCGAAGAUAUUUUUAUCAUCGGGGUUGGAGGGUUCGGCAAUGUGUACAAAGGUUAUAUUGAUGGAGUCACACCAGUUGCGAUAAAACGUCUUAAACCGGGUUCUCAACAAGGUGUAAACGAGUUCUUGAAUGAGAUUGAGUUGCUCUCUCAGCUUCGUCAUAUUCACUUGGUUUCACUUAUUGGAUAUUGCAAUGAAGGUGUAGAGAUGAUUCUCGUUUAUGACUUCAUGCAACGUGGCAGUCUAUGUGAAUAUCUUUAUGGAUCAGAUAACAAACCUCUUACCUGGAAGCAGAGGCUUGAGAUUCUAUUAGGUGCCGCGCGGGGGUUGCAUUAUUUGCAUGCAGGUGCGAAGCACAAUAUCAUACACCGUGAUGUGAAGAGUACAAACAUAUUGUUGGAUGAAAAAUGGGUGGCUAAGGUUUCUGAUUUUGGGUUAUCAAAAGUGGGACCUACAGGGAUGUCGAUGACCCAUGUCAGCACUAUGGUGAAAGGUAGUCUCGGGUAUUUGGAUCCAGAAUACUACAUGCGACAAAGAUUGACUCUAAAGUCUGAUGUGUACUCUUUCGGUGUUGUGCUUCUUGAGGUGUUGUGUGCGAGACCCCCGUUGGUUCGGUCUUUGGAUAAGAAAAAAGCAAGUUUGGCUGUUUGGUUUCAAACAUGUUACAAUGAAGGUAUGGUAAUUGAAGAUAUGGUGGACCCGUUCAUUAAAGAUUCUAUAACAAGUGAGUGUUUGAAAUGUUAUUGUCAAAUGGUGUUAAAUUGUUUGCAUGAUGAUGGAAAUCAACGAAUGUCGAUGAGUGAUGUGGUUGCGACAUUAGAGUUUGCAUUGCAGUUAGAGAUGAGUGAGGAGGAUAGUAAGCUUGUUGGUACCAAGGAAAAGGAAAAGAGUGAGCAAAGGAUAGAAUUGUCACAUUUUACUGAUGAUGGGAGUGAUAUGUGUUUCACAAGUAGUAGUGAUGACUAUGGGUCUCAUACCACCAAUUCAACCUCUACUGAAGAACAACCUUUGUUUUCUGAAAAUUUUCAUGCUACGGUGUUUUCUGAGAUUGGAAAUCCAAAAGCACGAUAGAUAUUUGCCACUAUUUCUAAAAUUUUCGAAUGUAUAUUUUAUUACAAAAUAAAAAAAUACGUCCCGUGAGCAUCGCUCAGUUGGUAGGACAAUGCAUUAUUAUAUGCGGGGGGCCGUGGUUCGAACUCCAGACACCCCACUUAGUAGGAAUAAUAACUUCCUUUGAAAGGAGUAGGAAUAAUAACUAUAUAGUGUGUGAUGGAAGAAAAAAAAACUAGUGUGUAAUUGUAUCAUUUGAAAUUGGUUGUUAUAUGUCUAAAUAUAUAUAUAUUAUAAAAAGUGAAAAUCAUACUUUAUAAACCAAUUAUUAUUAGGUCUGUCUAAAUGUUUUAGAAAAUCCGAACAUGCUAAUACUGCCCGUUUGAGAAAGUGGGGAAAAGCAUAGUCUUCCUGUAUGUGGUCAUGAAUUGUGGACUCACAGAUUAGUAAAAUGGUCGGAUUCUAUUUUAGAAACAAAGACGUUUUGGAGCUUUCUGCGUGACUAUGCUCUAAUUAUCUUAGAUGCCAAAAUGUUCCAAAGACUCCAAUCAUCAAGAUAUCUUACAAAGAUAGAGACUAAUUUGAUGAUUUACUCAUUUAUUAAGGCAUUUAAAAAUAAGGAUUUCUUCAUCAACAAUCAUCUACAUCAUCUCUACUAGCGAAAAGGCGGGCACUCGCGUUACUUAUCU